AUUCGUAGAAGAUAUCUUUCUUCGCCUAAUAUAACUAUUCAUGAUAUCCUUGAUGAAUGGCCAACAUACAAACAGUAAUUUGGUUAUAGUUUGAUUGAUAUAGACUUUGAGUGCAUGAAUACAAAUUCUAAGGGCAAUUCACUUUUUGACAAAUGGAAUCAAUUUGCUCUUAAAAUAAUUCCUUUUAUGGCAAUUGGCAUUAAAGAUGGAAAUAGUAAAGUGCUUUUACAACGUUUACUUGAAGUACAAGAAACUGACUUAGAAGCUAAAAAUCUUUUGAUAAUUGAUCUUAUGAAUUCUCUGCAUGUUCCUAAAUCUAAGUAUCAUCAUAAAGAAUCUGCCAAUAAAAGGCGUAUCAUAAAAACAUCCAUAUCUGAUGCACGGAAAUCAUUUUUACAUCAAGUUGCUUCAAUGAAUGAUUUACAUACCUCAAUUCAAAUCGAAAUUGAUAACUGCUAUAAGGAAAAAAAACAUUACAGCCUUUAA